ACAUAUACGAAAUACCGAUAUACUUCAUCUUCGGAUAAUCAAAUUUGUCCUUGAAACUCCAAAUCAACGUAACUUGGAAUUUCAACAAAGUGAUGUUUAUUAUCAUCACCUAGCCUAUUUAGUGUUUUACACACACGGGCGUUGUUCCUUUGCAUUCAACUCAGGGAAAUGACAAAAAUCCCCUCUCAAUCACCGCCACUCCCAGUUACCCAGCCAAGGCUACAUCCGUCAUUCCACAUAUCGCUCCGGCAAACAAAACCCAGCGCCACGAAUCUGCGGUUCCUUCGCUGCCCCGCUUCAUCUUCCUUCCCCAAUCAGCCACUCAAAGAAAACCCAAAAUUCCCACUUUCCCCGGCAACCGCCCCUCAAAAAGUCAAAAUGGGCACCCGACGGGACGGCAAAUGGAGCUGGGUCUCGUUCCUCGCCGGCGGGGUCUCGGCCGUCGCCGGCGCCGCCCUCCUCCGCGCCAAGCCCAAGGACCCGACGUUCCACCUGAUCUCCAUCAGCCUCAGCUCGUUCAAGCUCAACUUCCCCGUGCUGGACGCCGAGCUGACCCUCACCGUCCACGUCACCAACCCCAACAUCGUCCCCAUCCAGUACUCCGCCGCCACGAUGUCGAUCUACUACGACGGGUCGCUCCUCGGGUCGGCCCGGGUCGAGGCCGGGUCGCAGCCGGCCAAGUCGUGCCAGCUGCUCCGGCUCCCCGGCCGGCUCGACAGCCUGGAGCUGGCCCACCACGCGAAGCAGUUCCUGUGCGACGUCGGAUCGAGGGAGAUGGUGCUGGAUGCCAAGGUGGACAUCGGUGGGACCGCCAAGCUGCUGUGGUGGGACCACGGGUUCACCAUCCACGUGGAGAGCAAGGUGACCGUCGAUCCGCUGUUUUUGGACGUCGUUGAUCAGGAAAAUAACUCGACCAUGGAUCUUUGACUUUGCUUAGUAGUUGUUACUUGUUUAGUUGUUUGGCAGUUGACCCAAUUGUAACAAAGAAACUCUUGUCCCAUUUUGUAUGGAAGAAUCAGAUUUGAGACACAAAAUGUACCUAGGAGUCGUUUUGAUGGGAAAUUCUAAUAAAUCUACUCGAUUUAAUUAUUUUGUUUUGAGACAAUCUGGUCAAAUUAAUUUAUUUUACGGCAUAAAAUUUAGAUGAAAAUGAAACAAGGAGAGGAAUUUUUACUUUUAACUCAUUUUAAUACAAUCAGUAAUAAUGC